AUGGGCUGGAGAUGUGAAGUUUGUUUGGUAACAAAUGAUGAUGAUGAUACCUUGGUGUGUAUCUGUUGUGAGCAUAAAAAACCAAAUGGAGCUGACUUAAGAACUACAGAUCCGACAUUUCUGUUUUCUUGCCAACCUAAUACAAAUUCCACAGUAUUUACUUUUGGAAAUACAUCUAUGACUGAUUUUGGAACAGUUAAUAAUAUUGAAAAUAGUAGUAGUGUAUCUGGAGUAGGUUUUAUACCUGUGAUUAAUGUGGAAUUACCAUCUACUCCCUUACAGACUUCUCCAAGUUCUGUGGAAGGCUAUAUAAAGUAUGAUAUUGAAGUAGUUCCGGUGAAUGAUAGUACAUUGACUGAGUAUGAUGAAUCAUAUGAUGCCAAAUUGGAGGAUUUAUUAAAGAUCUACUCCAAUAAGAUAUCUAAGACUCCACUAAUAAAUAAGAAUAAGUACAAGAUUCCAAGUGCCUCUAUAUGGUCUUGGGGAUCUAGUGAAUGUGACCAACUUGGAGUAGAGGAGAAAUAUUUGAAUGAUGAAUUAUGUACUACUAGUCCAAUACAAGUUUUAAGUGGUUUGAAGAACCAUAGAGUGAUUGAUGUUUCAGUUGGAGCAUUGCACAGUAUAGCUUUAACCAAUGAAGGUUUACUGUUAUCAUGGGGAUGUAAUGAUGAUGGAGCACUUGGAAGAGUCUCUAAGAGAAGACAAGUGGAGCUAAGUAAGGAGAACAGUGAUAAUGAUGAAGAGGAGAACAUAUAUAAUAAUGAUUAUAAUGACAUGGAGGAUCUAGAAUUAGAUGAGGAUAAUGACAAAUACCCAUACUUAGUGUCACUUUCCAACAAGGUUAAUGCAAUAUCUGUGGUAUGUGGGGAUUGUUACAGUGCUUGUUUAACUGAUAAUGGUAGAGUAUAUUUAUGGGGCUCUUAUAAAGAUAGUAGUGGUUAUAUUGGAUUUCCAAAUUACUCAGGAGUGGAUAGUGGAUCACUUAAAUUAAAAGAAUAUAAUCCUACACUUUUACCAUGUUUCUUUAGAUGUAGAAAGGGAUCUAGAAGUACAAAGAGGUUAAGACUUGAUAACAAGGGCUCUAAUAUAGAUACUGAAGAAGAUCCUGUAAUUUAUAUUUCAGGAGGUGAGAAUCAUACAAUUGUUAUUACUAGAAGUGGAACACUAUAUGGAUGGGGAAGUGCAGAAUUUGGACAAUUUGGCAUAAAUCCAAUAGUAGAUAAUCAUGAACACGCAAAAUUAGAUAAAUAUAAAUAUUUAUACCCUGUAGAGUUGACGAACAAGGUAUUAGAGUUCCCUGUACAUUAUGAAAUUGUCAAUGCAUUUUGCGGAAGAGCUACAACUUUUUUUGUUGUGAAGAAUAAUAGAAAAAAAGAUGUAUCUAAAGUAAGUUUGUAUGCUUGUGGGCGUAAUGGACAUGGUGAACUUGGAUUAGGCGAAGCAGGCUUAAAUAAGAUGAUUGUGGUUAAACCAAAGAAAGUUUAUAUUAAUUUUAGAAGUGACUGUAUACAUUAUGAGGAUUAUUCUUUUCCACAAUCUUCAUAUCAUCCUUGCUCUAGUCCUAUAAAGGUAGUUGGAAGUGGUCAAUACUAUUCUGCAGCUUUAACUUGUUGUGGAGAAGUUUAUACUUGGGGUAUAUCUGAUUGUUGUGGUAAUAAAAAUUCCAAGGUACUUCCUGGGAUUUCCAACAAGGAUAUAACAAUCCCUACUAGAUUACAGUACUUAAAAAAUAUUUCAUCUUUAGGUUUCGGUUCUGAUUGUUGCUUUGCUAUUCAUAAAACUGGUUUGGUCUAUGCUUGGGGUAUGAAUCUGACUGGACAAAUUGUAUCUGAUAUUGAUGGGACUCAGGAAGUUAUUCUCAAACCAAUAAUAUUGGAUCCCGCCUUAUUUUUAAAUAAAUACAUGUUAAAAGUAACCGGAGGAAGUCAACAUUCCAUAGGUCUUGCAUGGGAUAAUAAGUACGUAAAUAGAGCAUAUAAUUUGCAUCAUAUUAAAAAGCUAGAAGAUGAUUACAAAUUAAGACGUUUAAAUGCGUUGUACGAGGACAAUAUUUUGAAUAUAGGCACAGACACUACAAAAACUAAAAAAUCUACACCUUUGAAUACGAAAGAGAUAGCUAAAGCUCCUAGAAUUUCCAGAUCUGUCGGAAGUCCUAGUAACAAGGGAAGUGAUAAUAAUACUAAAUGUCUAAAAAUAUCAACAAAUAAAGUAACAAGUACGUUUAAGGGCUCAACAAGAAAAUCUACUACAAAGGUGAAAGUACCUAAAAGUUCUCAAGACAAAGGACAAAAUGAUAGAAAAAAAACUGUUAUUCACGACAUAACUAAAGGUAAAAAAGUAAAAAAAUUAAUAGACUCAGCUAAGAAGAAAGGAGAUAGUACUGAAGUGGCUGCAAGUUUAGGUAGUACUGUAAAGAGUACUAAGUCUAAUAGUAAAAAAUCUUUGACACUGGAUCUAAGAAGUAAAGCACUUGGAGACAACAAGAUAAGUAAGGCUACUAGCAAGAAACCUGAAGAUAACAGUAAAAUGCAUAAAUUAAAGACUAAGGCUCAAGAAUCUAGAAUAACAUCGAAAUCAAUAAUUGUAGAUUCAAAUGAAGUACAUGGAAAAUCGAAACAAGAAUUAAUUGACACUACUAAAGUUAGGUCUAAGUCUAAAACCGGAACUAAGACUUUAAAAACAACUUUGAAUAAGUCAGUACCUGUAAAAUCGUCCUUGACUACGAAAGAGAAAACUAUAAAAAAGAGGAACUAUAAACAGACUAAAUAA